AUGAGGAGUAUAGCGUUUAAUUACCGCUUGGGAGACACAACGGUCCGAGAAAUUAUUCACGAGACAUGUGACGUGAUUUGGAGAAGGCUUUCUCUGCAAGUUCUACCGGUACCCACGACGGAGAUGUGGAAAUCGAUAGAGAAUAUGUUCUUUACCAGAUGGAACUUCCCAAAUUGCAUCGGGGCUCUGGACGGGAAACACGUCACUAUAGAAGCGCCUAGCAAUACUGGCUCGUUGUAUUUCAACUAUAAAAAAACAUUUAGUGUAGUGCUCAUGGCACUCGUAGAUGCAAACUACCGCUUCAUUGCUGUGGACGUUGGGGCAUAUGGAAAGAAUAGCGAUGGACGAAUUUUUGGGAAGAGUGCAUUUGGAGAAGCCCUGGAAAAUGGAACGUUGUGCCUGCCGCCAGACAAACCCCUGCCUGGAAAUGAUGUACCAUUGCCACACGUGAUCGUUGGAGAUGAGGCUUUCCCACUCAAAAGAAAUAUCAUGCGACCAUACCCAAGUUCACAAUUGGCGAAUGACGAAUCAAAAAAAAUAUUUAAUUACAGACUUUCACGUGCUCGUAGAAUUUCCGAGAAUGUUUUCGGAAUUUUAACUCAAAAAUUUCGAAUUUACCAACGAAGAAUAAAACUAAGUCCAGAGCACGUGGAUAGUGUUAUAUUAGCAACGUGUUGCCUACACAACUUUUUGAUGAACGAUGACCCUCCGAUUCGUCAAAGUGUACAUGACUCUGGCGCUUACACUUUGAAUCCUAUGGGAAACAUCGGAGGGAAUGCGACUGCCGAGGCAAUAGCGGUCAGAGAUAAGUUCAAAGAUUACUUUAAUUCUGCUACAGGCUCAGUCGAUUGGCAAAUCGAAAUGGUUCGACGUGGAAUCAGAAAUGUUUAA